AGGAAGUGACGUCGGGUACCCCAUGUGAGCGAGCCUGCAACACAUGCAGCAGCCGCGGCGAAGAAAGAAGCCGGUUUCUACGUCACUUCUGGGAGCUGGGGCUGACUCCAUUGAGAUCGGACGUCGUGGUCUAGACGGAAAGCCGGGAUAAGGGGACAGCUCUCGGCUUCAGACAGGAGGAGGAGAGAAGAUGGCGGACGAUCCGAGUGCGGCAGACAGAAAUGUGGAAAUCUGGAAGAUCAAGAAGCUGAUCAAGAGCUUAGAGGCGGCCAGAGGAAAUGGCACCAGUAUGAUCUCUUUGAUCAUUCCUCCCAAAGACCAAAUUUCAAGAGUGGCCAAGAUGUUGGCAGAUGAGUUUGGUACAGCGUCCAACAUUAAGUCCCGUGUGAACCGUCUGUCUGUCCUGGGAGCAAUUACGUCUGUACAGCAGAGGCUUAAGCUCUACAACAAAGUACCACCAAAUGGUUUAGUGGUUUACUGCGGAACAAUUGUAACGGAAGAAGGAAAGGAGAAGAAAGUCAACAUUGACUUUGAACCUUUCAAACCAAUCAACACAUCGUUGUAUUUAUGUGACAACAAGUUUCACACAGAGGCUCUUACAGCUCUCCUUUCCGAUGACAGCAAGUUUGGAUUCAUAGUAAUAGAUGGUAGUGGAGCUCUUUUUGGAACUCUACAAGGAAAUACAAGAGAAGUCCUGCACAAAUUCACUGUGGAUCUUCCAAAGAAGCAUGGCAGAGGAGGGCAGUCUGCUUUGCGUUUUGCACGUCUAAGAAUGGAGAAACGUCACAACUAUGUCAGGAAAGUAGCAGAAACUGCAGUGCAGCUGUUCAUUUCUGGUGAUAAAGUGAAUGUAGCCGGUCUCGUGCUGGCUGGGUCCGCUGACUUCAAAACGGAGCUUAGUCAGUCUGAUAUGUUUGAUCAGCGAUUGCAAUCCAAAGUCCUGAAGCUAGUAGAUAUCUCUUAUGGAGGAGAAAAUGGUUUUAACCAAGCAAUUGAACUAUCAACGGAAGUCCUUUCGAAUGUGAAAUUUAUCCAAGAGAAGAAGCUAAUAGGGAGAUACUUUGAUGAAAUCAGCCAGGACACGGGGAAGUAUUGUUUUGGUGUUGAAGACACACUAAAGGCAUUGGAAAUGGGAGCGGUCGAAAUUCUGAUAGUGUAUGAGAACCUGGAUAUAAUGAGAUAUGUCUUGCGAUGUAAUGGCUCAGAAGAAGACAAAGUUCUUUAUCUAACACCGGAACAAGAAAAAGACAAAUCGCACUUCACUGACAAAGAGACUGGUCAAGAACAUGAACUGAUAGAGAGUAUGCCUCUACUAGAAUGGUUUGCUAAUAACUACAAAAAAUUUGGAGCAACACUGGAGAUUGUUACAGACAAGUCACAAGAAGGAUCUCAGUUUGUGAAAGGAUUUGGUGGAAUUGGAGGCAUCUUGAGGUACAGAGUUGAUUUUCAAGGAAUGGAGUACCAAGGAGGCGAUGAUGAAUUCUUUGACCUGGAUGACUACUAGGUAGUCGAUGGGUCUGGCAGAAUGUGCCUAACCUUCCAGCAUCCAACCCAAGAAGAUGAUUUAUCGUGGAAGAUAAAAUGGUCCUUGCCUUAGAAUUUGAACAUUUCCAAUUCUUUGCCUAUAAGCAUUGGAUAAGAAAAAUGAAAACUUUUUUUUAUUUUUUUUUUCCUUUUCGUCAUGAUGGUAAAUGCGGCUGCAAGGUUCCCUCAUGCCUCUUGGACAUGUUUGCCAGAAUCCAUUUUUACUUACCAAGGAAUCAGUUCAUGUAUUUUAUGAAAUGUUUUCUUUCAUUUUAUCUUUAUAGACAGGCAAUUAGUUUGCUUCAGGUAUCCAUGCAAGUUCCUACACCAUUGUUCGUACUUUUUAUUUUUUAUGUCAGGGGGAGAGAAUCCAUUGGAAAGCUAUCCAUUUAUUAUAUGUUUGAUUUUUCAAAAUAAAGAAUGGAUGAGUUCAUACUAAAUCUAUACAAUGUAUACAGCAGAUGGCAGACGGUGCACAGUCUGGUUGUAGUGUACAUGUACUAAUGUAAGUUUUAAAGCAAGUGAGGUCCAUUGAUGUGGCUACCUGCUAGAGACAUCAGCGGGCGACAUGGCACCUAAAUGCUAGUAAACGGCAUUAAGAUGAGGGGUAUAGCAUAACCACGUUACAGGGUCAGUUAUGAAGAUGACUUAUCCUUGCAUGAUCCUGUAAAAACAGCAUGCAUAUAGUACCGUAAACACUAAUCAUGCUUCCAGCAGCAUCUAAUGGCUGACAAAGUAUGGAGUAUGUGGGUGGCACACAGUAUCCUAAUAAAAGUACUCAAUUGAUAUCUGCAAAUGCCUGACUUCCAAGUCUUUGACCUGGGUUCUCUGUUUAAUUUUAAUUUUUUUAUUUUGUCAUUUUUGUGACUUAUUUCCUUUAUGUACAACUGUUUUCUUUGACAGGUCAGUGAGUCUUCAACAUGAUUCAUCUUAAUUCAACAUUCUGUAAUCUGAGGCAAGAAUACACCCGCUGCAACUUAGUUUGAUUUAUUCCAAAUUUUUUUGUUUUUGUUUAUGUGCUAAAGGUGCUUUUACACAAACCAAUGGUCUGUCGGUUCGGGGAAGAGCAUUUAUAUAGGCACUCAUUCUCGAUAAUCUGCCAGUGUGAAAGGUGCUGUCAUUCACCGGAUGAAUGAGCAGAUGAUUGUGGUUCCUGUGCAGCAGCUCAUUCUGUCUAAACAACGAUCUGCUGCGCAGGAAUGAUUCUGUAGCGGGGGCAACAAUUGCUAUAUGAAUCGCUUGUCCCCGUACAGCGGAUGUGAUUGCUGCAUACAAAUGCCGCCUUCAUUGAUCGGACAGUUUUUGACAGUCUGCUUUGUUCCUGAUAAUCUGCCAGAUCAGCUCUACAUGUAAAAGGACCCUUUUCUCUUAGGACUUGCCUGCAUUAGAAAGGCAUUAGCUCUUUCUAUAUGGUUGUCCCAAUUCUCUACUAAGGACUACAUUUCUACUAGGACUAAAUUUCGUCACGUUGAAUAUUACACCUAUUUCCCUGAUACGUAGACUGAUGUAAGUUGAAUUGUCCCUUUUAAAGACAGUCCUACUUAUUUUGUAGUCCCAGUUGCUUCCAAAAUACAUUUUUUGCUGUGUCUUGAUAUUCCAGAAUGACAGUUUGAAUAAUGCUGUUGUACAUGGGCCUGUUAUAAAAUUUCUAAGAAAAAUGGAUGUAAAUUUGCAUUGAUUUAGAAAGCGUUUCUCCUUCAAAUAUAAAAUUACCUUGGUAGCUUUCUUCCUUUUUGCUAUAUUUGGAAAUGCCAAAUUUUUGUAUUUCUUUAAUGUGUUCUUUUCAGUGGCACAUCAUAUACAUAUAUGUACAAAUAAAAUGGGGUACAAUUCUUAACCUUAUAUAUCCUGAAUCGAGUGUUCCCAAGCAGUAAUAACUUGGUGUUGUGAUGUACAGAAAUGGAGAAAAGUAUUAAACCAUAUUUAAGAAUA